CCUCUUCCGCUGCGACUCCAGACGGCGAACGGGAACUCCAGAUCAAACUCCAAUGACAUGACCGCGACGGAGAAAGAUACGCCGUGGAUGCCUUAGACUCAAACGGCGAUGCCGGGAAUGCCGAAUAAUGGCUUCGAGUGCCACAAUCAAGGCCAUCGAAUCCAGCACGGUUCAUCAAAUCCAGUCCGGUCAAGUCAUUGUCGACCUCUGCUCUGUGGCAAAAGAGCUGGUUGAAAACAGCGUCGAUGCCGGAGCAACAGCCAUUGAGGUGCGCUUCAAGAACCAGGGCCUGGACUGCAUCGAGGUGCAAGACAACGGCUCUGGCAUUGCACCCCACAAUCACGAAUCCAUCGCCCUGAAGCACUACACAUCCAAGCUUUCCAGCUAUGAUGACCUGUCUGAGCUGCAGACCUUCGGCUUCAGAGGCGAGGCCCUCUCCUCGCUCUGCGCCCUAUCCCGCUUCUCGAUCGUGACGUGUACUCAGCAGGAAGCACCGCGCGCAACUCGACUCGAGUUCGAGACUUCUGGGAAGCUGAAGAGCACCAGCGUCGUCUCGGGCCAAAGGGGCACCGCUGUCAUUGUCGAAAAUCUCUUUCACAACCUGCCGGUCCGCCGUCGAGAGCUGGAACGGAACAUCAAGCGAGAGUGGGGCAAGGUCAUCAACCUCCUCAACCAGUAUGCCUGCGUGCAGACUGGCGUCAAAUUCACCGUCUCGCAGCAACCAACCAAGGGCAAGCGCAUGAUCUUGUUUUCUACAAAAGGCAACGCAACCACCCGCGAGAACAUCAUCAACGUGUUUGGCGUAAAAACCAUGAACGCUUUGAUCACGAUGCACCUCAAGCUGGAACUCGUACCGACAACUGCUGGGCCCCUCAACAAAGGCAAGGCCCCGGCAGACGGCAGCACUACCGAGGUCCGUGUCGUUGGGCAUGUGUCUCGACCUGUUCAUGGCGAGGGCCGGCAAACGCCAGAUAGGCAGAUGUUCUACGUCAACGGCCGGCCCUGCGGCUUGCCACAGUUUGCCAAGGUCUUCAACGAGGUCUAUCGAUCAUACAACGCCUCCCAGUCGCCGUUUAUCUUUGCAGAUAUUCGGUUGGAUACCCAUCUUUACGACGUCAACGUCAGCCCAGACAAGCGCACCAUUUUGCUGCAUGACCAAGGGCAGAUGCUCGAUAACCUGAGAGAAUCGCUGAUUGAGCUCUUUGAGACUCAAGACGUCACAAUGCCUAUUUGCCAAGCUGCAACUCUCAAACGAACUCCUUUCAAACCGCCGGCAGGUGGUCGAAUGGGCACGCCCACCUCAGCCCAGCCCAGCAGCCGGGCUGCUACUGCGAAUCCUGCAAGGCAGCCCGAAGCAGGCUCUCCAACCAAGCACGGGGGACCGGCCGACGCGGAAGACAACUCCAGCAAUGCCCAAAGCGACGACGAGAAUGGAAGUGAGCCCAUGGAGGACAAUUCGCCGCGGAGCACGACCCAAGCUCCCACCAAGCCAACCGAUUCCGUAAAGGGUGUGACGCUAUUAUCUCGCUGGCUCGCAAAGACCCCCGGCAGCCCCAAUCAUUCUGCCACAAAUGUAGCGGCUCAGCAACAAGCAGAGGGUGCUGCACAGGCAACGUCGCCAUCAAGCUCGAAGGCGGAAACGGAGAGUCAGAAGGGUACUGGGGUUCAAGAACAGGCGUCGCCGCGAGAGGAUGCCGCACACGAGUUGGACAACCAAGGUCGUUCAGCUGAGCGGUCAUAUGCCGGUUUCAAGAAACCCGAGGAGAGGGCGUCAACAGGCUCCGAAGAUGCCGAGGUUGAAGCGCGUAGUGAUGAGCCGGGAUCGCGAGUCCCGGCGAUCGCCCCUCCAUCUCAGCCACCAGCAUCACGGGCCGUCGCCCUGGGUACUGCUCGGCCGCUCAAGCGUCCAACUCAGGAGGUGGCGACCAUCACGAUUGGCGAUGACACAGUGACAAGCCUGAUUGGGAAUCCUGCUAAACGAGUCAGGGUUGACGAAGGCUCGAAACCAGCCAGAGCGACCCCGCCUGGGAGUGGAGGGAAGCGGGCCCCGUUACCAUCGUUUGGCGGGCGCCUUUCUCAGUUGUUCUCUGCUUCGGGGCCGCCUGCUGAAGGUUCCCUGGACAAGAUCGGGGUCGUGCCGGAGGAUGCCGAGGAGGAUGUUGAGGAGGAACACGAGGACGGUUCUCUAUCAAUGUCCCAAGGUCGGAGUGGGCGACUCGGACAUGAGGAAGAUGAACCAAACGAAGAAGUUGGAGACCAGCCUCCAGAGCCAGCGCAACCUGACUCGAAUUCAGCCUACGAUGCUGAGAGCCCCCGGCAAUCCAUUGAGCACUCGCUAUCCUUCCACGAUGAUCAUCCGGCGGUGGAUGAUGAGUACGUCGACGAGGACGAGAAAAGAGCUCGAGAAGACAGGAAGGUGCAGGAGUUACUCGACGCUGCCGAGGCUGCCGCCGAGCCAGCAGAAGAAAGCGAGAAGCGUUCGCAGUUGUUUGUCAAGGGGCGGCCGAAACGCAAAGAUAUGACUCUCAACCUGGUCCAGCAAGUCAAGACCAGCCGAGACGAUAUCCAACAGCGCAUCGCAGCACUAACACGUCAUCUGCCACAAUCCCAAUCCAAACCCCCUAAAUCCGCCAGUCAAGAGGACCUCGAGGCAGACGACGCUGAAGAAAAACUUUCCCUCAAGAUCAGCAAAUCCGACUUCGCCAAGAUGCGAAUCGUUGGGCAGUUCAACCUGGGCUUCAUCCUCGCGGUGCGCGAAGCCGCGCCCUCAACCGCCGACGCGGCAGAAGACGACGAGCUCUUCAUCAUCGACCAGCACGCGUCUGACGAGAAAUACAACUUUGAGCGCCUCCAAGCGACCACCACCGUCCAGUCCCAACGCCUCGUCCAGCCUAAAACCCUCGACCUAACCGCCCUCGAAGAAGAGAUCAUCCUCGAGCACCUGCCGGUGCUCGAACGCAACGGCUUUCUCGUGCAGGUCGACACGUCGGGCGCCAAGCCCGUCGGCUCACGCGUGCAGCUGCUGAGCCUGCCGCUCAGCCGCGAGACGACCUUCUCGCUGGCCGACCUGGACGAGCUCGUCUUUUUGCUGGCGGACAACCCGACCUCGGCCCCCAGCACGGUGCCGCGGCCGAGCAAGGUGCGCAAGAUGUUUGCCAUGCGCGCGUGCCGGAGCAGCAUCAUGAUCGGCCGGGCGCUGUCGGCGAGGCAAAUGGAGAGGGUGGUGCGGCAUAUGGGGGAGAUGGAGAAGCCGUGGAACUGUCCGCAUGGGAGGCCGACGAUGAGACAUCUCUGUGGGCUGGGGGCGUGGGAUGGCAAGGGGUGGAUGGAGGAGGUAGGGGCUGGGACGACGGAUUGGGCUGGGUGGGCGAGGGAGCGGAGGGAGGAGUAG